UUUUCAAAACGUUGCGAAUCGUGUAAUAUUUCAUCAUCAUGUUGGACUUUUAUCUUUCACGUCUCACCCUUCAUUUUCUCGUUAGUUGCUUGCAUUCUUCGUUCCCUUAGUUCGUGAUAGCAUAACAGAUCUUCUGCAUUCCGGAGCCUAUAACGUAGCGACCCUGCUUGUCUAAACAAACGUUCCCGGUGCUCAAGUGCUAUUCUUUCCAGCUUAGAUCUCCACAUUUGUGCUUCUGCUUUCGCACGUUGUUCGAUUCGUAACGAGCUUCUUAUUCUAUCUGACGCGACUUUAUAUUCAGCCAGCAAUCUAAGGAUACCGCCAGAAUGGCAAGUAAAGAAACUGUCGUGCUCGCAUAUAGUGGAGGUUUGGACACUUCAUGUAUUCUUGUGUGGUUGAUUGAACAAGGUUACAAAGUAAUUGGAUUUCUGGCAGAUGUUGGUCAAAAUGAGGACUUUGAAGUAGCACGAGAGAAGGGUUUGCGUCUUGGUGCUGAAAAGAUGUAUAUAGAAGAUUGUAAAAAGGAAUUCGUUGAGGAGUUUAUUUGGCCAGCAGUGCAAGCAAACGCGAAGUAUGAGGAUAGAUACCUCAUGGGCACAGCUCUUGCUCGACCAUGCAUCGCUCGUAAACUUAUCGAAGUAGCAAAGAAAGAGAAUGCUACAUACAUAUCACAUGGAGCAACUGGAAAGGGAAACGAUCAGGUUAGGUUCGAAAUAGCUUGUUACGCCUUAUUUCCAACGAUCAAAGUAAUAGCACCUUGGAGGAUGGAGAACUUCCUAAGUCGGUUUGCUGGUAGAAAUGACUUGUUACAAUACGCUGCUGAAAAGAACAUUCCAGUUAGUGCAACGAAAUCUAAGUCCUGGAGCAUGGAUGCUAAUUUAAUGCAUAUCAGUUUCGAGGGGGGUGAGUUGGAAAACCCAGCGAUAGCAGCCGACUCUGACAUGUAUAUGAUGACUGUGUCACCGGAGAAAGCCCCUGACAAGGCAGAUCACAUCUCUAUUGAGUUUAAAGGAGGUUUUCCUGUCAAAGUGAAGACUCAUGAUGGUCGUGUAUUGGAAGAAUCCCUGCAACUGUUCGUAUAUCUGAACGAAAUUGCCGGAAAGCAUGGAAUUGGACGCAUCGACAUUGUAGAGAACCGGUUUAUCGGUAUGAAAUCGCGUGGUUGCUACGAAACCCCGGCAGGGACGGUUCUACAAGAAGCACAUAUUGACCUGGAGCUUCUAACCAUGGAUCGUGAAGUGUUAAAGUUGAAGCAAUACCUGAAACGAGAGUUUGAGACUCAGGUUUAUAAUGGCAUGUGGUAUAGUCCGGAGUGUGAAUACACUCGAGCGUGUAUUGCUCUGAGCCAGAACGUUGUUGACGGUACUGUACAUCUUAAAUUAUACAAGGGAGGCGUCUACGUGAUGUCACGUGAAUCUCCCCGCUCGUUGUAUAACCAGGAUCUUGUAAGUAUGGAAGUGGAAGGCGAUCACAACGCCGCUGAUGCUACAGGCUUCAUUCGGUUGAACGCUCUGAGGUCUCGGGAGUUCCAGAGAGUCAAGCGGUCGUAGAAACCCAACAUUGUAGCUUUCAACACGCGGUAUAUCACCCGUAUGCAAUAUUAGUAUAUAGCCCGGUGGCUGUUUUCGAAUCGUAUUGACGGCUUCGCAUUUGUGCAAUUAUUGAAUACAACACAACCUUUAUUUAUGCACAUAUACAUCCACAAAGUUUCGUUUAUAAUAUUGAACACGCAAUGUUGAUACUGAUUUUUAAUGGGACUCUUAAUUGCCUCUG